AAAUCUAAAAAAUUAUUCUUAAGGUGGCAUUAAUGUAUCAAAAGAUUUAAUGAUUUGACGUGUACAAAAGUAUAUAGUGAAUUAGUAUACUUAUAACUGUUUUAUUAUAAGAUUACGGUUAGAAUGGGUGCAGAUAAAAAUACAGAAAAUCUUGUAAUCAAAAUCAAUAAAUGGGAUGGAUCUGCAGUAAAGAAUGCAUUAGAUGAUGCAGUUAAGGAUGUACUUACAAAAAAAUACAAUUAUAUAGAAAACUUUGCUUUACUUGAUGGAAGAUUAGCUCUAUGUGGAAUUGCUGUAACAGUAGCAAUUGUUGCUCUUCUUUGUGAUUAUUUAUAUCCUUUUCCUGCAUCCAAACCAGUUUUAGCUAUUUGUGUUACAUUAUAUUUCCUGUUAAUAGGACUUCUUACUUUAUAUACAACAUACAAAGAAAAGGGUAUAUUUGUUGUAGCUAUUCAAAGGGAUCCUGCAGGUUUUAAUCCUGAUCUUAUUUGGGAAGCAAGUUCAUAUUUAAAAAGAUAUGAUGAUAAAUAUAAUCUUGUGCUAUCUGUUAGAAGUACUGCUACAGGAAAUGUGAAUGAAACUAGUGUUACAAAAUCUGUUGCAAAUUUUAUUGAUGUCAAUGGCGUUGUUAUUCCAGAAUUAAUAGAAAAUGUUGUGACAAAUAUGCAUGAUAGCUUAACUAUUCAACGUAAAGAAAAGUAGCAGAAAGAAUGAUAUUUAAUUGAAUAUGAUCAUUAUCUUUUUUUUAUAAUAUACAAAAAAUUGUUUUUUUUUUAUAUUUUGUGUAUUUCAUAUUGGUGUUAAACCAUUUUGAAAAUAAAAGUUCAAAAAUUUUAAAAUUGUGUAUGUAUUAUAUAAUUCAUGUUUAAAUACAAUAGAAAAACAAAUAUAAAUUUUUACAUUACU